GCAAGAAAGCUGAUUCCUCGGGAAGUUUUGAUAUUAUAUUAUUUAUGCUGACCAACCAAAAAUCAAUCUCGCCACAGUCGUACACGGGUGAUUAAACGAGAUGUUUACACUUGGUGGCGCAAUCGUUAGUUGCUAUAAAUAUACCGUCAACACGAACGGGCAUGAUUAAAUAGAAGAGCAGACGACAGCGUGAAAGGACCGAUUCAAGUGAAUGCUCUUAACCCUUGUUAACAGAUACCUUGAUUUUUUGUGAUAUCAAAGAUGAGUCGAGGCCGUGGAGGAAGGGGAAGAGGAGGGGGUCGGGGAAGAGGAAGGGGUAGAGGAGGAAGCAGGAACGUACCCGCCCGUUCCAAUGACGAUGGAGAGAAGACAGUGCUAGUAAAAGAAGAUAUCAAUGUAGAAACCGAGCCAAAAGAAUUUUUCGUAGGAAAUGUUAGUUUUGAACAACAUUUAAAAGGACAGAAUACAAACAGGGAAAGAUAUGCUGCAGCCUUGGCAGCUCUAGAGGCAAAUGGCGUGGCUAUUAUUCAAAAUGCUAGAAUUCGAGCAUUAGCAGCUACAUGGACUAGAAAUGACUAUGAGUUGUCCAAAGCAUUCCUGAGUGAUCGUGAACAGUUUGGUUUGGUUGAAGUGUUAAAAGCCUUAACCCUGUUAGAUUCAGGUCGACAAAUCAGGGUACUUGAGAAAAAAAUAAAAAGAUUGGAACUAUCCUCAAAUAAAGUGAACAGAACAACUUUAGGCAGAAUAAAAAGAGAUAUUGAUAAUCUUCAAGCCAACAAACCAUCGGUUGGUACAGCAAGUGGUGCUGUGUGUAAACAUAUAAGUCAGUGGGUAAGGACUUUAUCAGAAGAAGAACUACAGUUCUAUGCUUUACAUUUACCUAAAGAACCAUGGAAAAAACUGGCUGAUAUUUGUCAUUUCAACCCUCAAAAGGAUUUUCCAGCCUUACCCUGGUUUUUACCCUUCUGUUUUGGUGAGCCAGCUCCGGAAGAUACGUUAGUUAAUAGAUGUAGGGAUGUAACUGUGGAUAAUGUUAAUGAUUUAGUGACAGAAUAUGAUGUACCAUAUAGUCACAUCAAGGAACAUAAAGAUAAACUAACAGAAAAAUCAAAGGCACGCAUUGCUACUUAUGAAACCAAACUAGACACAGUCUUAUGGUGGUAUGAGGACCUAGCAUGUGAAGAAGUAGAUAAAAUUAUACAAGCUAGAAUAAUCUCGGGCGAAGAAAUCAAUCUACCUAAUGGUAAACUACUGGAGAGAUUGUUAACUUUUAAAAUCAUCCGGGAAAAUAUCCAACCAGGGGGUUAUUUAUUCUAUAAUCGAAAUAACCCCCCAUCUAGAGAUUUGUCUGGUAAUAAAGCUCGUUUCUUAGAGAAUCUUAUACCAAUUGGAGAGAAAAAACUUACUUCUAUCAGAUUACCAUUAGAGGCGCCAAUAAUUGUGAUAGGGGAUGCUUCUGGUUCUAUGGAGAUAGCUAUAAAAACAAGUACUAUUAUAGCUAGUUUAUUAACAGCUAUAACCUCAGCUAGACUUGUCUUCUUUAACACAGAGAAUAGAGCAGCACCUUAUAUACCAGAAACUAUUGAACAAGUGCUAGAGUUAGCUAUCUCAACUAAAGCUGGGGGAGGAACAACACCUGCUGCCAGUCUCUGGCCAUUUUAUGAAAAGAAAGAACAAAUCAAAACAUUUAUAAUGGUAACAGAUGAGGAAGAAAAUGGAAAAGUUCAAAAUCAAAAUUUCUGCCAAUUGUACAAAAAAUACCAUGAUGAAGUUUAUCCAGCUAAAUUAGUAUUUGUGUCGUUUUUAAGGGGUCAACACGCUAAGGGUCAAAUGGUGGAACAACUGAAGACUGCUGGUUUUAAUCCAUUACAAUUUAAACUUGAUGGAAGUCGUCCAGACUUGACAAAAUUAGAUAAUCUGUUUGGUUUAUUAUCGGCUGAUUCAAAAACUUUUGAAGAAGAGGUCACUGCCAUUCAAAAUCAAAUCAAAACAAAGGGCAUGCAGACUGUUUUUGAAACAUUAAAACAAAACAAUGCAAUUGCAUAAUUUACACUUUUAUCAUAGUUUUAUACAAACACUUGCUCAUUUUAACAUUGCAAAAUAGUUGUUUACUUUUUUUCAUUAAUUUAUGUGAUAUUAUUCUAUACAAUAUAUAUCUAUGUUAACUUUUAA